AAUGAGAGAAGUCAUAUCUAUUCACGUAGGAUAAGGAGGUAUUUAAGUUGGUAAUGCCUGUUGGGAAUUAUUCUGUCUUGAACACGGAAUCCAACCAGAUGGUUAAAUGCCAUCAGACAAGACAAUCGGAGGAGGAGAUGAUGCCUUCAACACCUUUUUCUCAGAAACAGGUGCAGGAAAGCACGUCCCAAGAGCUGUCUUUUUGGAUUUGGAACCAACAGUUAUUGAUGAAGUCAGAACAGGAACAUACAGAUAAUUAUUCCACCCAGAAUAAUUGAUUUCAGGAAAAGAAGAUGCUGCCAACAACUUCGCCAGAGGUCACUAUACAAUCGGAAAGGAAAUCGUCGAUUUGUGCUUAGACAGAAUCAGAAAGUUAGCUGAUAACUGCACAGGUCUCUAAGGUUUCUUGGUCUUCCACUCAGUCGGAGGAGGAACAGGAUCAGGAUUGGGAUCACUUUUAUUGGAAAGAUUGUCAGUCGAUUAUGGUAAGAAAUCUAAAUUGGGUUUCACCAUCUAUCCAUCACCAUAAGUUUCAACAGCCGUCGUUGAACCAUACAACUCCAUCUUGUCAACCCACUCAUUGUUGGAACACACUGAUGUCUGUGUCAUGUUGGAUAAUGAAGCCAUUUAUGAUAUUUGCAGAAGAAAUUUGGAUAUUGAAAGACCAACAUACACAAACUUGAACAGAUUGAUUGCUUAAGUCAUUUCAUCAUUGACAGCUUCAUUGAGAUNGUAUUUAUCCUUCACUUUAUUUCUAAAUCUAUUUUUCAACCAAUUCACUGUUUAGAAGUUUUUAACUUUUAGAGAAAUGUUCUUAUCCAUUAAAAUAUUAUAAAUUGAAUCAGAGUUAUUAUAAAUUAAUCUAAAAAUAUUUUCAAUAAUAAACGAUUUUGCAUGAA